CGUUAUUUCAAAGGCAGCGCGAGUGCUGCCCUCCCUACCCGCAGCUACCCAAGAGUCUUCACAGCCCCCCGCCCCAUCAUCACGACCACAGAGGGAGGAAGACAGGAGGGCAGGCAAGCAAGCAAGCGCCCUUUCCCUCUGUGAUUCAGAUGCAGCACGAGAAGGGAUUCAGUUUUCCCAUGCCGCCCAUUGCACCCGCUUGCUCUGAAUCCCUGCUUUUGCCGAGUUAUCAUCACGCGCAACAGCCCACUCACGAGGGGCGCUUGGAGGGGGGCACUGCUCCGCUCGCCUUCAGAUAUUUUCGGCUUGAGGACUCUCGUCAUUUCCGCCAGGCUCUCUGGAGCGAGCGCAAGAAGGGAGGCACGGGAGGGCAGAGGGAAAAGAGCGCGGCCAGUGCGCCGCUCGGGAAGGGCGAGCCGGCGAGGGCACCGCUUGCAAGAAGAGACCCCAUCUGAACGCCGUUACGAACGUCCUGGAUCCCGCAGAGUCACGGGUGAGGGGCGGUAGGUAGGAGGCUCCGGAGCGCGCAGCCCUCUCCUCCUGCUUCCCACCGAGGCGGCAACAUGAACUGAAAGCCCCAGAAAGAGGCAGAAAGGGGGUGCGCGCCUGCGCGCGCGCUCACAUGCGCAACCGGGAAAGAGGAGCCGGGAGAGGAAGGCGAGGAUUUUAAGAGCAUCUUCCUCCGCCCGGGUUUGAAGGUCCAGCGAAGCUGUUUGGUGGGUGGAGGACAGGGGGGACCUGCCACCCUUCAAGGACCCUCGCCGCCUCCCCUUUCCCGUGCCGUCGGGGGCACUUGGCAAAGUUUUCCUCAUGGCGCUUAUUAUGGAACCUGUGAGCAAGUGGACCCCGAGCCAAGUGGUGGACUGGAUGAAAGGACUCGAUGACUGCCUUCAGCAGUAUAUCAAGAAUUUUGAAAGAGAGAAGAUUGGUGGGGACCAACUGCUACGUAUCACUCAUCAGGAACUGGAGGAUUUGGGAGUUACUCGAAUUGGGCAUCAAGAACUCAUUCUGGAAGCAGUUGAUUUGCUGUGUGCUUUGAAUUAUGGACUGGAAACUGAAAACCUAAAAACACUUUCUCACAAGCUAAAUGCAUCUGCCAAAAAUCUUCAGAACUUUAUCACAGGGCGGAGGAGGAGUGGUCAUUAUGAUGGUAGGACCAGCAGAAAAUUACCAAAUGACUUCCUUACCUCAGUGGUGGAUCUGAUUGGAGCUGCAAAAAGCCUCUUAGCUUGGCUGGACAGAUCACCUUUUGCUGCUGUGACAGAUUAUUCUGUUACAAGAAAUAAUAUCAUACAGCUCUGUCUUGAAUUAACAACGAUUGUACAACAGGACUGCACAGUAUAUGAAACAGAAAACAAAAUACUUCAUGUGUGCAAGACUCUCUCUAGUGUCUGUGACCACAUAAUCUCUCUAUCAUCCGAUCCUCUCGUUUCUCAAUCUGCUCACCUGGAAGUGAUUCAGCUAGCAAACAUCAAACCAAGUGAAGGGCUGGGUAUGUACAUUAAAUCAACAUAUGAUGGUCUCCAUGUAAUUACUGGAACAACAGAAAAUUCACCUGCAGAUCGAUGUAAGAAAAUCCAUGCUGGAGAUGAAGUGAUUCAAGUUAACCACCAAACUGUGGUGGGGUGGCAGUUGAAAAAUUUGGUGAAUGCACUACGAGAGGAUCCGAGUGGUGUUAUCUUAACUUUGAAAAAGCGACCUCAGAGCAUGCUUACCUCAGCACCAGCUUUACUGAAAAAUAUGAGAUGGAAGCCCCUUGCUCUGCAGCCUCUUGUACCUAGAAGUCCUACAAGCAGUGUGGCAACACCAUCUAGUACUAUCAGCACACCCACCAAAAGAGACAGCUCAGCCCUUCAGGACUUCUACAUUCCUCCUCCUCCAGCAGAACCAUAUAUACCCAGAGAUGAAAAGGGAAAUCUCCCAUGUGAAGAUAUCGGAAGACACCUUGUAGGAAAGCCAGUUCAUAAGGGAUCAGAAUCUCCAAAUUCAUUUCUUGACCAAGAAUACCGAAAGUGUUUUAAUGUGGUCGAAGAGGAUGCUGUUUUGUAUUGUUAUGAGUAUGAAAAAGGAAGAACAAGUAGCUCUGGGAGAAGAGAGAGCACUCCAACCUAUGGCAAACUAAGACCUACAUCUAUGCCCGUAGAAUAUAAUUGGGUAGGAGACUAUGAAGAGCCGAGCAAGACAAAAAGAGAUAGUAGAAGAGAAAAUUCACUACUUCGAUAUAUGAGUAACGAGAAAAUAGCUCAGGAAGAUUACAUGUUUCAGAGAAACAGCAAAAAGGACACAGGCAAAAAAUCGAAAAAGAAAGGAGACAAAGGCAACAGUCCAAGUCAUUACUCCCUGCUGCCCAGUUUACAAAUGGACUCGUUAAGGCAAGACAGCAUGACCACCCCUGGUCCUGAAACAUCCUUGUAUCAUACAUUUCAGCAAUCCUCUCUACAGCACAAGUCUAAAAAGAAGAACAAAGCCACUGCACAAAGUAAAAGUAAAAGGCGGAUUUCUUGUAAAGAUCUUGGUCGUGGAGAUUGUGAAGGCUGGCUGUGGAAAAAGAAGGAUGCCAAGAGUUAUUUCUCCCAAAAAUGGAAAAAAUAUUGGUUUGUUCUGAAGGAGACUUCUCUUUACUGGUAUAUCAAUGAGGAGGACGAGAAAGCAGAGGGAUUCAUCAGUCUACCAGAAUUUAAAAUUGAUAGAGCAAGUGAAUGUCGUAAGAAAUAUGCGUUCAAAGCCUGUCAUCCUAAAAUCAAAAGCUUUUAUUUUGCUGCUGAACAUCUAGAUGACAUGAACAGGUGGUUAAACAGAAUUAAUAUGCUAGCUGCUGGUUAUGCAGAAAGAGAAAGAAUCAAACAAGAACAAGAUUACUGGAGUGAGAGUGACAAAGAAGAGGCAGACACACCAUCGACACCCAAGCAAGACAGCCCACCUCCGCCAUAUGACACAUAUCCACGACCUCCUUCGAUGAGCUGUGCAAGUCCUUUUGUAGAACCAAAGCAUAGCCGGCUGUCAUCCACCGAAACAUCCCAAUCCCAAUCGUCACAUGAGGAGUUCCGACAGGAAACAGUGGGGAGUACUGUUGAAUCUCCAAUCCGCAAAACAGCCAGCCAGAGACGUUCUUGGCAGGAUUUAAUAGAAACACCACUAACAAGCUCAGGGCUGCACUACCUACAGACCCUGCCCCUUGAAGAUUCAGUUUUCUCUGAUAUGGCUAUUGUCUCUCCAGAACACAGGCGGCAAUCAACUCUUCCAACUCAAAAGUGCCACCUACAGGAUCACUAUGGCCCUUUUCCUUUAGUAGAGGGUGAGAGGAUGCAAGUACUAAAUGGGAAUGGGGGAAAGCCCCGCAGUUAUACUUUGCCUCGGGAUAGUGGGUUUAACCAUUGCUGCCAGACCUUUUCAGUCAGUGCCUCCAGUCAUCACGAAGAAGUGCCACAGAAAGAGGAAGAGGAGGAAGAGGAAGGAGGCAGGGAAAUAGCAUCAGAAAACCAUGAAGAUGAAAUACUCUCCUUAGAACCUUUACAGGAUUCCAAUUCUGGCAUGGAUCCUGUACUCUUCUCAUCUGGAGAUUCAGGGACAAUAUACCCCAUAAAGGAUCAGAAACCCUGUGGAGCAGCCUAGCCAGAAAUUGCAGCUGGAUUACUGAAGCAGAUCUCUACAAGUAAUGGGCUAAAGCACUGCGAGAGUUGAUAGAACCUCCCCAUGCCAACUCGGAUCCACUUCUCUUGGCACUGAACCGUUUGGACUCAGAGAUUGAUAAACUAUUGAUUAGAGAAUUUAAAUCGGAGAGAAUUGGCACGACGGAGACUCAUCUUCAGCCUCUUGCAAGCAACCUCUAAUGUCCUGCAUUCAGAAAGCCAAUCAAUUCUUCUUGAAUAACUUUGAUGUUUAUAAGUAAGAACUGACUUUAAAACAUAGGCAACCAAAUGCCCGGGUAAGGGGCCUCCAGGAAAGUCUUACAAAGGGCAAAGCUGUUGCCAGACCUAUUGCUUUUCUUUUGAAGAAUGCAUCCUUUCUACAGAGGCACUAGGCGCAAUACAUGGCUACAUGGAAUACCAUUGCAGAAAAUACUGCCACCAACUUGGGAAAAACAGAAGGGGAAGAGGGUCAUUGCAUGGGAAGGGCUAUGAUGACACUCAGGUGUGUUCUGCAGUCUUCAAGGAAGGAAAGAGGGAUCAGCUAUGGUAACUAUAAAAUCCUAUUUUUUGAAAUGGACUUCAGUCACUUCCAUCCAGACCAAGUGGGCAAAAGCUAAUAGCAUUCUUGGUGUAUUUUGCAUUAGUGAAGGAAAAUAACUUGCUGUGUAUAAUACUGAAUUAAUGUAUUCUAUCACAUUUAGGAGUGCACAGAUUAUUGCAAGACUUACAGCCUAACCAUGUUAACUUGGAAAACUAUAUCCUAUUGACUACACAAAAUUGUAUUUAUUUAAAUCUGGGACAGGCCCAAUCACAUGCAAAACAGGGCACUAGGUUCCAAUUUUUACAGCAAAAUGACAUUGAGAUGCAGCUGUUAAACCUCCCAUACCAACAGUUUAGUUCCCCCUGACCCUGCUCUGACUUCAAAAGGGAGCUUAGCUAGGAGGAAUGUGCUUGGAGAGGUUCCAUGAUGAAAUAAGAGUUGAGUGUAUGGAUGGUUCAGCUCUUCUCAGCUCUUUUCCUGUAAAAAUCAGACCUUCCAGCCCCUGGUUUAUAUCUGGGUUUAAAUAAAUGGGUCUGUUCCUGUUGCGUGUAGUUUGAACCUUUUGUUCAAUUAAAUAUGCUUAGGAUUGCAAUAGAGUUUGUUAACUGGUUUGUAAUGAUUUAUCAGCUGGUGCACAGAUGCUGGCUAUCAUAAUGAAGUGAUGCAUCACACUGGAAUGUUUCAGACUUUGGAGAUAGAAAACUUCAGUUUCUCCAUACUUUCUAAGAUUUAAAUGUGAGUGAUGUUGCUUUGCAGCGCAGGCAUAAAGUAUUCUCUGUAAAUCAUUCAUGGUCCAUAGGAGGUGGUUCUGAGACCAAGAUUUUCUUGGAAUACCUUUCAAAGUGGAUUCAGAUUUUAUCAGUAGGUACUGGGUCUCCUAUGGAUCAUUAUUUGCCUGUAUCUCUGUGACUGGAUGUGGAUUUCUUUCUAUUUUUAGCUAAGGAUGUACUGUAAUGUCAAUGCUAAUUUCAUACUAUCCUAUGGAGAGAUUAUUUUAAAACAUAUUUUGAAAUGUUUUAUUUCUGUCAGGUCAAUGUAUGGUAUUGCAUUCUGUUAAUACCAAUAAAAUUAUAUAUAAUUAUUUA